CCCCCGGGAGCCUGACUCCCCUGGAGGCUCUAGGGGGAGUCCGGGCAGCAGAGGAGGACCGGCGGCCGCCGCCGAAGCAUGCAGAAGGGCUAAGGCAAGAGCCCCCAAGAUCUCUCGCGUGCCCCCUAGCUUCGGUCCUCAGGCGCCUUCUCUUGCACUUGCUGAUGAUGAGCUGGAAUAACGAUGAACAGAGAGCACAUCUGACCCGAACGCUCCCAACCUGUCCUGUAGCCGAUUGAUUAACUGAUCCCCAGCUAGACGGGUACUUUCAUACGACUCGGGCGAGUCCUAUCCGUGAACUGGCACGGAGGUUGAGCUCAACAUGCCAUUAGUGAAAAGAAAUAUCGAUCCUAGGCACUUGUGCCACACAGCACUGCCCAGAGGCAUUAAGAAUGAACUAGAAUGUGUAACCAAUAUUUCCUUGGCAAAUAUAAUUAGACAACUAAGUAGCCUAAGUAAAUAUGCUGAAGAUAUAUUUGGAGAAUUAUUCAAUGAAGCACAUAGUUUUUCCUUCAGAGUUAACUCACUACAAGAACGUGUGGACCGUUUAUCUGUCAGUGUUACACAGCUUGACCCUAAAGAAGAAGAAUUGUCUUUGCAAGAUAUAACAAUGAGAAAGGCUUUCCGAAGCUCUACAAUUCAAGAUCAGCAGCUUUUCGACCGCAAGAGUUUACCUAUUCCGUUACAGGAGACGUAUGAUGUUUGUGAGCAGCCUCCACCUCUCAAUAUACUCACUCCUUAUAGAGAUGAUGGUAAAGAAGGCUUGAAGUUUUAUACCAAUCCUUCAUAUUUCUUUGAUUUAUGGAAAGAAAAAAUGUUACAAGAUACAGAGGAUAAGAGGAAGGAAAAGAGGAAGCAGAAGGUAUUACAAGAGAUUCAAAAAAUUGAACAGAAAAAUCUAGAUCGUCCUCAUGAACCAGAAAAAGUGCCAAGAGCACCUCAUGACAGGCGGAGAGAAUGGCAGAAGCUGGCCCAAGGUCCAGAGUUGGCUGAAGAUGAUGCUAAUCUCUUACAUAAGCAUAUUGAAGUUGCUAAUGGCCCAGCCUCUCAUUUUGAAACAAGACCUCAAACAUAUGUGGAUCAUAUGGAUGGAUCUUACUCACUUUCUGCCUUGCCAUUUAGUCAGAUGAGUGAGCUUCUGACUAGAGCCGAGGAAAGGGUCCUCGUAAGACCACAUGAACCACCUCCACCUCCACCAAUGCAUGGAGCAGGAGAUGCAAAACCCAUACCCACCUGUAUCAGUUCUGCUACAGGUUUGAUAGAAAAUCGCCCUCAGUCACCAGCUACAGGCAGGACACCUGUGUUUGUGAGCCCCACCCCCCCACCUCCUCCACCGCCUCUUCCAUCUGCCUUGUCAACUUCUUCAUUAAGAGCUUCAAUGACUUCAACUCCUCCCCCACCAGUACCUCCCCCACCUCCACCUCCAGCCACUACUUUGCAAGCUCCAGCAGUACCACCACCUCCAGCUCCUCUUCAGAUUGCCCCUGGAGUUCUUCACCCAGCUCCUCCUCCAAUUGCACCUCCUCUAGUACAGCCCUCUCCACCGGUAGCUAGAGCUGCCCCAGUAUGUGAGACUGUACCAGUUCAUCCACUCCCACAAGGUGAAGUCCAGGGGCUGCCACCACCCCCGCCACCGCCUCCCUUGCCUCCACCUGGCAUUCGACCAUCAUCACCUGUCACAGUUGCAAUUCUUGCUCAUCCUCCCUCUGGGCUACAUCCAACUCCAUCUACUGCCCCAGAUCCCCAUGUUCCAUUAAUGCCUCCAUCUCCUCCAUCACAAGUUGUACCUGCUUCUGAGCCAAAGCGUCAUCCAUCAACCCUACCUGUAAUCAGUGAUGCCAGGAGUGUACUUCUGGAAGCAAUACGCAAAGGUAUUCAGCUACGAAAAGUAGAAGAGCAGCGUGAACAGGAAGCUAAACAUGAACGCAUUGAAAAUGAUGUUGCCACCAUCCUGUCCCGCCGUAUUGCUGUGGAAUAUAGUGAUUCAGAAGAUGAUUCAGAAUUCGAUGAAGUAGAUUGGUUGGAGUAAGAAAAACACAUUGAUAAAUAUUACAAAACUGAAUGCAAAUGUCCUUUGUGGUGCUUGUUCUUUGGAAAUGUUUGAUCAUUCCAGUGUUUUGCUUUUUUUUCCUUAAGAUAAAUAACCCUUUUCUUCCAUAAUUUUUUUAUUUCUAAGAAAAAUAUUAGCAUACAUUUCAACUAAAUGUUUUACAGUGGCUUAUCUUUUUUAUUUUUCCCUGAAAAGACACAAUUUGGU